AUGUCAGAUGAGGUACAGGAUGAAGUAACCUCCAUAAAUGCGAUCUACGGAGAUGAUACGCUUGUGCAAGACCAAAAUUUGGCAGCCCAUUAUGCCUUGACAUUUCCAUCCCAACCCAGCAUCUCGCUGCAUAUAGAGUUUCCACCAGACUACCCGGAUGCGCCACCCUCAAUCCUAGGCACCAAAUCGACCGGCGACGAUGUUGCGAAAGGCGAAGGCAGCCACCUCGUCUCCCUCACCCGCGACGCUCUGGCCGAAAUCUACACCCCCGGCGCCGCAUGCGUCUUCGACCUCAUCGAAGAAGUCACCACGCGCCUUCAGCAGCUCGGCCUCGACCGCAGCGCAAGGCCUCCGGAAGAACAAACUGCUCAAACGCACGGUCAGGCAGCAUCCUCUUCCUCAGCUCCCACCACCCACCACCACCAGCAGCAGAGUUCUGACGCCCCGCAGCCCCCCGACUGGGACCUCGCACCACCACCCCCUUGGACGCUAUCCUCAGUCAUCACAGAAAAGAAAUCCAUCUUCCUCGCCCGCUGCGCCCCCGUAACCUCCGUCGACCAAGCAAAGCAAUACCUAACCCACCUCCUCUCCACGGACAAGAAAGUCGCCAAAGCCACGCACAACAUCACCGCCUGGCGCAUUCGCGGCGAAGGGGGCGUGCAGUUCCAGGACUGCGAUGAUGAUGGGGAGACGGCGGCGGGCGGGAGGGUGCUGCAUUUGAUGGAGUUGAUGGGGGUUUGGGGGUGUAUGGUUGUGGUGACGAGGUGGUAUGGGGGGGUGCAGUUGGGGCCGGAUCGGUUUCGGAUUAUUAACUCGGUGGCGAGGGAGGCGAUGCUGGGGGCGGGGUUUGGGCAGGAGGGGGGGAAGGAGGGGGGGAAGAGGAAGGGGAAGAAGUAG